AUGGUGUGGACACAGAUACGGGACGCGGUCGUUCAGGCCAAAACGAAGGUGAUGAACACGUUCAGUGAUCUGAAGCCGCGAGAGCGGAUGUUUGUAUUGAUAGGCUUGGGGUGUGUUGUUGUUUUCAUGUCCUUUUUCGCGUGGUUCCACGAGCCAAUUCUGCACUGGAUGGUCGAGAAAUCCGAGGACUUUAGAGAGGUCAAUUUGGGAUGGCUAAUUAUUAUUUGCAUGCUCAUAGGCGUAUCGUUCCCACCUAUGAUGGGCUACUCUGCCAUCUCCAUGUUCACCGGGAUGGUGUUUGGUUUCCCCGGGGGCUGGCCCAUUCUGGCCGCUGGCACAGUUAUCGGCUCGUUUGCAUGCUUUAUGGUGUUCCGAUACUUUUUAGAGGACCGGGCAAAGGCACUAGCACACAGCAACGUCAAGUUCAUGGCCUUUGCGAAAACACUCGAGCAGGACAAGUUCGUGCUGCUCUGGCUGAUCCGACUCUGCCCGUUGCCCUACUCCAUGUCCAACGCGGCCAUGAGCAGUGUGCACACCGUCGAGCCAUACAAGUUUUUCCUGGCCACGCUGUGCACCACGCCCAAGCUGCUCAUUCACAUUUUCAUUGGCGACCGCGUUGCGAAACUCGGCGCGGCCAGAGACACCAGCUCGCGGGUCGUCAACCUGAUCUCGAUUGUUUUGGCCAUCGUGGUAGCUAUUCUCACUACGUGGAUUAUCUACCGGCGGACAAUGGAGCGUGCAGCUCAAAUAGAAGCGUCCAGCGGUCCUGAGAGUGUGCUGGACGACUUCGAAGUAGACAGUGACGAGGAUUCUCAGGAAUAUAGCCACUUUGCAUAG